ACGUCGUGAUGUUAGUACACGGAUCUAUAUGUGAACGAAACAUUUUUAUCGAUGCGGAGAAACGUUCCUAUUUCGUUUAGUAAAAUAAUCAAAUGUAAUAAUGGAAAACAACGAAAAGUAUAUUACAGCUUUAGUAACUGGGUUUGGCCCAUUUAACAAUCAUAUUAUUAAUGCUAGUUGGGAGGCGGUAAAAGAAUUGAAUGAACUAUGCGCAAAUUCCAAAGAGAUGAACGGUAUUAAAGUGAUCGUGAAGGAGAUUCCAGUCUCGUAUGAAGAUGUAACUAUGCAUAUACCUAAACUUUGGGAAGAGUACAAACCUACAGUAGUUCUACAUGUGGGUGUAUCUCACAAGGCGCAAUGUUUAACUAUAGAAUCUUGCGCUCAUAACAAUGGUUACCUAAAACUGGAUGUAUGUGAUAAAUGUCCAGAUGAGAAUAACAUUGAACCAAAGAUUUUAGAAACUAAAAUUAAUGUUAGAAAAGUUUGUAAUAUAAUUAAUGAUCAUUCAAGCAAAACAAAGUGUAAUGCUUGCAUUUCAAACAAUGCAGGUAGAUAUUUGUGCGAAUAUAUAUAUUAUAAAUCUCUACAGGUUGCACCUGAGAAAACAUUGUUUGUUCAUGUUCCUGAUUUCGAUCAGUAUUCAAGUUUACAAUCUGCCAGGGGGUUAUAUGAUAUUUUACGUUGUAUAAUUAAGGAUAUGAAAGAGAACGAGCACUAA